UUACAAUAUUGUGAAAGACUAUAGAAGAAACACAAAGUCUUCCCAACGAUUAACAAAGAUUCCAAUUGCGGUGUAGCAACGAGAAGUCAAUUUUAUAACUCACAGUCUUGUAUCAUGUUAAGACAUAUAAAAUGGCAUUGCAGCGAUCGUCUGAGUGUUUCUUGACCUUGAAACUGUGUGUCAAAUUUCACAACUCUGUUGAGUGAUUCCAAGAAGCUGAAGUAACUCGGAAGACUAAAACAUGGCUUUACAGCGCAAAUAUAACGUAUACUUUCUCCCGAUAAUUUGGAUUCUGUUGGUUUUUCUCAAGCAAUGUGCGACAAUGAUCAAUGACUUUAACUGUCUUUGUUCUCACGCUCGUGAAUCCAAAGUUGGAAACAGGACAUGGAAUAAAACCACUUCAAAUGAAUGUCGUCGCAAAUGCAAUGAGACAGGUUGUACAUAAAAUAGCAGAUCAACAGCUAAACAUGUCAUCUUCACCCAAUUGUUGAACAUACAAUUCAUUAUUAUUACAACUAUGCUCAGGUGUCGCCAGCAAUAUCCCAUGGCAUUCCACGAAAGACGAAAUACAACACCAACCCUAUUAAAGAUGAGAUGCGAGUAAAGAAAGAAAUCACAAUUAUUGUUAUUUUGAAUAUCUAAAAUUCCAAAAGAAGAACGGUAUUGAAAACCCAAAUGUCCCACUUCGGAUCGAGUAUAGAACAUCCCGUAAUAAGACAAUUCCAAAGAUAAUGUGGAAGCCACCUGAAGAGUGCAAUAAGCAGCAAGAUCUUUGCAAAGGAUAUUUUAUAAAGUGGGGAGUAGAUUUCAUCAAGGAGAGAAUUUUCUGCCAUAAAGUUUCUAAGGAUAUUAACGAGUUCAUUCUGAACGAAACCAUGGGAUAUGGAGACAAAAGAAACUUUGCUGUCACUGUAAAAGUCAUUCCGUUUCGGAAGAAGAACAAAUUGAAUUUAUCUUAUCUGACUCCACCAGAACAAUAUGGCAACGUUAGAAGUAACAAGCCAAUCCAUCCGUCAACCGCUAUCUUUACAAAUGUUCCAUCAAAUGAAACGAGAAAACACAACGAGAAACCGGACAAAAACUUACCAAUAACGAUCAUAUUGUCGCUCAGUGUGGUGGUGUUUGUCAUUGUUGCUACGGUAGGACUAUUGGGUAAAUGGAUACACCGAAGGCGUACGGAUAACAAUGAUUUAAAAAUGCCCCAAAAGGAAGACACAAUGGGGAAAGGGAAGAUCUACGUGUCUUAUCUCCCGGAAAAGGGGACAAUCAAUCACGUAAAUGACAUUUACCAUUUCCUGAAAUCGAACCACAUCGAUGUGGUGAUGGAUCAAAUGUAUGCCGACCAAAAGCUCUACCACUCGCUCGGACCUAAACGUUUCGGUGAAAAAUUCCUCAGACAAGCAGGCAAAGUAAUUAUGAUCGUGACACAGAGUUACCUUAGAAUAUGCCGAUGGGACGAAACCGUGAAUAUUGAGGCCGUGCCGAGAUUUAGUUCAUUAAACGAAGAAAGGCUGUUCAGCGAGGUAAGCCUCAUCAAGAGUGAGCUCAGCACAACCACGAAACAUCAACGUAUACGUUUCAUUCCUGUUUUGAUCAAAGUCUCAGAGGAUCAACUCCCAAAGUGGUUGAAUUUGACGGAAAUCGUAAAAUGGCCUGAUGACCGAAAGACCGACAAGUUCGUCAAAAUUGUAAUAGACGAAGGUUUAGUCAAUAACGCUAGCGAAAACAAGAAAUCCUCAUUUUUUUAAACGGGGGAAAUUUCAGUUGAUGUUCUUUCCUGCAUUCGCUUGCCUGAAUAUGUGUAAAAAUAUAAUGAUGAAAAAUGGAUAAACGUAUGAGUACAAUGAAUAUAAUUACUACAAGAAACAUUUGGACUAUCUAUUCCAACUAUAAUAAUCUAACUAUAACUGAGUAUGUGUAAAAAUAUAAUGAUGAAAAUGGAUAAAGGUAUGAAUACAAUGAAUAUAAUUACUACAGGAAGCAUUUGGAUUAUCUAUUCCAACUAUAAUAUUCUAACUAUAACUGAGUAUGUGUAAAAAUAUAAUGAUGAAAAUGGAUAAAGGUAUGAAUACGAUCUUAUGAAUAUAAUUACUACAAGAAAAAUUUGGAUAAUCUAUUCCAACUAUAAAAUUGUAUAUUGCAGACAAUUAUGAUGUACUAUAAAGAAAGUAAUAUGCCUGCAAUAAUAAAAUUGUGUAAUCAUUGCAAUGAAAA